CUUCUUCCAUCUCUUGUUCCUCUCUUUUAGACACUCUUCGACCCUCGGAAUAACAAUCAUCCAGUGCAGGUUAGACAUCAUGAGUUGGAAUUUCACCAGGGCGGGGGAACUCUCAACUCCACAGAAUUUCCGCAUCUUGGGAUAGCUUCACGGAAGCCGGGCCUUCUUUGCCUUGAUCAACGACUGCAGUAGUAGGACGACAUGGCAGGGCCUCACGAGAUUUCGAGAUUCCCAUGCAGACCAUGGGUGAUCAGCGCAUAUUAUCCAGGGCCGAGGGGAGGAGUAUAAGAUGGCGCGGUUCGCAGGUGCUCGUAGACAGACAAUCGAACGGCAAUGAAGCUCUCUCCUUUAGUCGCGGCAGCUGCCUUCAUCCUUUCCUCCCAUGCCUACAGUACGAAAUCUACCCCUCUUUACAAGAACCCCGAUGCCAGCGUCGACGACCGAGUUGCAGAUCUACUCUCACGAAUGACAAUCGAGGAGAAAACCGCACAAUUGAUACAGGGCGAUAUUUCGAAUUGGAUCAAUACAACGGAUAAGUCUUUCAAUGCAUCUGGUCUGGUGUGGAAUAUGGAGACGAGAGCUGGGCAAUUCUAUGUUGGAUAUCCUGUCCCUCAACAAUGGAUCGCCGAUGGGGUCAAGACAGCACAAGACUAUCUCAUGCAAAAUACAACAUUGGGCAUCCCGGCCUUGGUCCAGAGCGAGGGGAUCCAUGGAUUCCUGAUCGGAAAUGCCACGAUCUUCAAUUCUCCCAUCGCAUAUGCCUGCUCUUGGAACCCCGCUUUGAUUCAGAAGAUGGGCGCUGCGAUAGCCCAGGAAGCUUUAGCUCUCGGAGUCAACCAGAUAUUCGCACCUCUGGGAGAUCUAGCCAGAGAAUUGAGGUAUGGCAGAGUAGAGGAAACGUUUGGAGAAGAUGGAUAUCUGGCGGGGGAAAUUGGCUAUGCAUACAUCGUCGGUCUGCAGGGAGGUAAUGUCAGCGCUACGGUCAAACACUUUGCAGCCUAUGCCACACCAGAACAAGGCUUGAAUGCUGGACCAGUUCAUGGUGGGGAGCGAGAGCUUCGAACAACCUAUCUACCUUCCUACAAACGUCAAAUUAUGGACGCCGGGGCUUACUCGAUCAUGUCCUCAUACUCGGCUUAUGAUGGAGUUCCGUUGAUUGCAGACUGGCACAUUCUUACAGACAUCUUGCGAAACGAGUGGGGUUACAAAUAUUGGGUCACCAGUGACGCCGGUGCUACAGAUCGAAUUUGCACUGGAUUUAAGAUGUGCCAAUCUAGUCCACUUGAUAAAGAAGCUGUGACGCUCUAUGCAUUACCAGCAGGAAACGAUGUCGAGAUGGGUGGAGGAUCGUACAACUUCGAGACAAUUCCAGCGCUUGUGAACUCCGGCAAGCUGACCGAGGACAUAGUCGACACGGCAGUUUCCCGUAUCUUGCGUGCUAAAUUUGCCAUGGGCCUGUUCGAGAAUCCUUACUUAGGAGUACCAGCCAGUGAGACGGCUUCGAAGAUUCAUACUCCGGAAACAAUUGCUUUGGCUCGAGAAAUUGAUGGAGAGUCUAUCGUGCUACUUGAAAAUCACAACGAUCUCCUACCGUUAAAGAAAUCUGCAAAUGUUGCCGUUAUCGGACCGAUGGCCUAUGGUUAUAUGAAUUACGGUGAUUACGUCGUGAAAGACUCCCAAUGGCGAGGCGUCACCCCGCUUGAUGGAAUCAAAGCUGCAAGCCAAGGAGUGAUUUCCUACGCCCAGGGAUGCGAGCGGUGGUCGAGUGAUCAAUCUGGGUUUCCUGAAGCUAUUGCCGCAGCAGAAGCAGCAGAUGUAGCAGUGGUGGUGGUGGGCACUUGGAGUAGAGACCAAUACCAACUGUGGGCAGGAUACAAUGCCACUACUGGCGAGCAUAUUGACACUUCGUCCCUCAACCUGGUUGGCGCGAUGCCCCAUUUGGUAUCUGCUAUCAUCAAUACUGGCAAGCCCACCGUGGUUGUCUUUUCUUCUGGGAAACCUAUCACCGAAGCUUGGAUUUCGCAAAAUGCAUCAGCGCUAGUACAACAGUUCUACCCCUCAGAGCAAGGUGGAAAUGCUCUGGCUGACAUCCUUUUCGGUGAUCUCAAUCCCAGUGGCAAGCUAUCAGUUGGAUUCCCGUAUGACGUCGGAACAACGCCAAUCUACUAUGAUUAUCUGAACACAGGCCGUGGAUCUGAUCCUGGCCACAUCUAUCCAAACGGAACAUUGGUCUUCGGUCCUGAGUAUGUUCUCAAUUCCCCUCUUCCGCUCUACGAGUUCGGGUACGGGAAAUCCUACUCGACCUUCCAGUAUUCCAAUGUGACACUUUCACAAUCCAAUGCUUCCACCACCGAUACAAUCACAGCUACGGUCGAAGUCACCAACAACUCUACACGUGAUGGAACGGAAGUCGUUCAACUUUACGUCAAAGAUCUCAUCGCUAGUGUUGCAGUUCCAAAUAUCGUCCUGAGGGGCUUCUCCAAGGUUCCCAUAGCUGCAGGAAAGACAGCAACGGUGGAAAUGCCACUGGCCGUGGCAGAUCUAGGGUUGUGGAAUAUCAAGAUGGAAUAUGUUGUCGAGCCAGGAGACUUCGUGAUUUAUGUUGGAAGCUCAAGUGCUGAUCUCAGGUCCAACGCAACACUGACAGUUGGAUAAUUCGUAAGGAAUGUACGUAAUGUAAUGCUCAAUCAAAGCUUCCUCCAUGGUCUAUAUACAGC